AAUGGAUCGAUAAUAAUAUUGAGACAGAGAAUCAAAGAGAGAGUGUGUGACAGAGAUGGAGAACUCCUGUCUUGUCUCUCCAUUCAGGGGCUUCAUAGAAGCGCAAUGGUUCCUAUAAUGAUGCCGAAUAUUUUCCCAUAUGAAGCCGGCAGAAUUGUCACCAUCCCAGCAGAAAUCCCACCCGGGAUGCCAAGCAUUGCCAGAUCGGAUGUCAUGGAAACAGAACGAGAGAGAAAAAGCCCUUGCUCCCAGUCAUAACGUUUUUAUCAACCAGGAGGCAGCCAGCAAUGUUUUGGUCAGGUAUAAAAGGCACAAUUCCGGAUUUCUGGAGGAGAUCCGUCAAGGAAACCUUGAACGUGAAUGUAUAGAAGAAGUAUGUGAUUAUGAAGAAGCGAGGGAAGUCUUUGAGGAUGACAAGAAAACGGUCGAAUUUUGGAAGGGAUACACAGGACAAUAUGAAAACCCAUGCACGUGGCACCUCUGCCUGAACGGAGGGCGGUGUCGUGUUGAAAACAAUAACUAUGUUUGUGCCUGCCGGGCUGGUUAUGAAGGAAAGAACUGUGAGAUAGAUACUUCCUGCUCAACAAACAACGGGGGUUGCAAACAAAUCUGCGAGAAUGGACUGACGGGGAAAGCAACCUGUUCCUGUGCUCCUGGCUAUAGAUUGCAGGAAGAUCAGAAGUCUUGUGAACCAACAGUGCCCUUCCCGUGUGGAAAGAUCACUGCUCCAGAGGUAGCAAGGCAUACGUUCUCCCAGGCUUCAUCCAACGCGACUGCUGCCCACGAGGAAAUGUUGGAUAACAUGACUCAGAUGAUUCUCCCACCAUCCAGACCCAAGCGGGAAGUUGCCAACAUGGACAGCAUGAAAGGCGAAGUUCCGUGGCAGGUUUCCAUGUACAGCUUUGAGAGGAGAGGGUUCUGCGGCGGGACCAUCAUUGCCGAAAAGUGGGUCAUCACUGCGGCGCAUUGUUUGGCACAGCAGCCACACACCAUUGUGGCAGGUGAAUAUAACGUAGACGUUUUCGAACACACGGAACAACUCCGCCGCAUCGUAAGGAUGAUCCCGCAUCCCGCAUACAACGCUAGCAACAAGUACCACCAUGAUAUUGCGCUCCUGGAGCUGGACUCACCCCUGAAGUGGAGCUCGUAUAUCACCCCGAUUUGCCUGGCGGACAAAGCGUUCACUGACCGCCUCCUGGAACAUGGACCCGGCACCGUGAGCGGCUGGUGGAAGCUGGCGGAGCAACGAAGGCCACCAAGUGUCCUCCAAGUUUUGCAAGUUGACCAAGCGAUGUGCCCAAACAGUACUCGGUAUAGCAUUGUGCCCAACACUUUCUGCGGCAAGAGUCCCGACAACGCUAAGAAGGUCCACCAAGGAGACAGUGGUGGACCUUACACCACAGACAUUAAAGGCACGCGGUUUCUAACAGCCAUAAUUGCAUGUGGGGAGCCGUGCGCCGGAGAAGACAAAUACAGCAUCUACACCAGAAUAGGGGACCAUCUUCAGUGGAUCAAAAAUGAGACCGGGCUUCCCUAACUGCAAAACAUCUUUCAAGAGCAUGCUCUGAUGCGGGGAGUGAGAGGAGGAAUAAAACCCUCCUAAUUUCUUUCACAGCAUUAGAUAUAAAUAAACCAUAUAGUGAAUGACUGCA